AACAAAUCAAGCCUCGACACAGUGCUUCUGAAGCAGUUAAUCUUUCUGACACAGGCACCGGAGCGUCAGCUUCAAGCGGACCAUCACUACCUCCCACAUCUAAAGCUGAUCAGCAGGAGGAGAAGAGUCUGACGGAGCAGCAGAGGAACAUUUUCAGCUACUUGGACUCAGCUCAGCCACUACAGAGAAAACAAUGAGCUUAACACAGAAGGACCAACAUGGAGCGAGAAGUCAGCGCUCUCAGGAGGCCGACAAACCUCACAGAAGAAAGAGAGAGAAAAAACACACCUGUGACGAGUGCGGGAAGGAUUUUACUGGGAAGACUUCACUAAAACAUCAUCAGGUCAUCCACACUGGAGAGAGACCAUUCAGCUGUGACUUGUGUGGAAAGUCUUUUUCCACGAAGGGUCACCUAAAACAACACCAACUCAUCCACAGUGGAGUUAAAGCGUACAGCUGUGAUCAGUGUGGCAGAGCUUUUACUCAAAGUAGCACCUUACAGAAUCAUCUAGUUACCCACUCUGGAAUUAAGGCAUACAGCUGUGACAUCUGUGGGAAGGGUUUUGCUCUGAAGACUUCACUAAAAAAGCAUCAGGUCAUCCACACUGGAGAGAGACCAUUCAGCUGUGACUUGUGUGGAAAGUCUUUUUCCACGAAGGGUCACCUAAAACAACACCAACUCAUCCACAGUGGAGUUAAAGCGUACAGCUGUGAUCAGUGUGGCAGAGCUUUUACUCAAAGUAGCACCUUACAGAAUCAUCUAGUUACCCACUCUGGAAUUAAGGCAUACAGCUGUGACAUCUGUGGGAAGGGUUUUGCUCUGAAGACUUCACUAAAAAAGCAUCAGGUCAUCCACACUGGAGAGAGACCGUUCAGCUGUGACUUGUGUGGAAAGUCUUUUUCCUGGAAGCGUUCCCUAAAACAACACCAACUCAUCCACAGUGGAGUUAAAGCGUACAGCUGUGAUCAGUGUGGCAGAGCUUUUACUCACCGUAGCCACUUACAGAGUCAUCUAGUUACCCACUCUGGAAUUAAGGCAUACAGCUGUGACGAGUGUGGGAAGGAUUUUACUGGGAAGGCUAAACUAAAACAGCAUCAGUUUAUCCACACUGGAGAGAGACCGUUCAGCUGUGACUUGUGUGGAAAGUCUUUUUCCAGGAAGGAUUCCCUAAAACAACACCAACUCAUCCACAGUGGAGUUAAAGCAUACAGCUGUGAUCAGUGUGGCAGAGCUUUUACUCAAAGUAGCAGUUUACAGAAGCAUCUAGUUACCCACUCUGGAAUUAAGGCAUACAGCUGUGACAUCUGUGGAAAAACUUUCAGCCGGAGAUGGUACCGAAAUAAACACCUACGCAUUCACACCAGACAUGAUGUGUACUGCUGUGAACAGUGUGGCAAAUACUUUGCUAUAGACGCACAGUUACAAAAACACAUGUUUACCCACACUGAGGGACGACCUUAUAAAUGUGACCUGUGUGAGAAGACUUUUAAAUCUCCACAUUACCUGAGACGACACCAACAGAUCCACACCAGAAAGAGACUCUACAAGUGCAGUUACUGUGAGGUAUGUAUUUAUAUUGUUAUCUUGUCAUUUUAGCCUGACUGUUUGGAACAACUCUGCUCAUUAAACUGUGUUAGCAUGUUAGCAAUUCUACUGCAUGGAAAAGCAGCUCUGAGUGAUUAUUCAGAUUUUCAUGUCAGUUAUGAUUUUAGUAUUACUGUAGUAUUAUGGUGGUAGUAUUGUAGUUAUUGCAGCCCAGUAAACUGAGUGUGUUCACUGAAACAGUAAAAUGUAAUUGGACGUCUGCAGAGAUGCUCUUUAUUUCAGGCGACGUUCAGGAUAAAAAUGUUGAAGGACUGACUUACACUGUCUUUGUGUCUUUGUUUAGAAGCAGAGCGACACAGAUGGAUCCAGUUCUCAACCCUGUCAUCACUGUGGUGGUAGGAAAGACUUUCGUUGUGACCUUUGUGGAAAAACUUUCAGUCAGCAAAAGAACCUAAAAAUACAUCAACGUAAACACACUGGAGACAAACUGAAAUACUGCAAAGAAUGUGGGAGAAGCUUCACCUCAUCACGUGACUUAAAAAAACAUGAACUGAUUCACAGUGGGGUUAAAAAGCACCUCUGUGAUCAGUGUGGGUCAUCCUUCACCACUGCAUGGGAGCUUAAAACACACAAACGAGUCCACACAGGAGAGAAACCAUACAAGUGCAGACACUGUGACAAAAGCUUCUCACAAUCAAGUGGUCGUAUCUAUCAUGAACGUGCACACAUGGAAGGAAACUACAACUGUGACCAGUGUGACAAGAGCUUCAGGAAUCUCAGUUCAUACUCCAAACACAAACGAUCCCACGUUACUAAUAAACUCUUUCACUGUUACCAAUGUGCCCAAACAUUCACCUCAUCUUCUGCUCUGUGCAAACAUCAGCGUGAUCACUCAGGGCUGAAAUCACUCCCAUCACUGGAUCACAGUGAAUCUGAAGAGACAGAAAGAUCCUCUGGUUUCAGUGUCAGACUCAAAAAUCUUGAGAUCAGGCUCCACAGAGUUCAGAUAGAAUCAUUUAAACUUGUGUUGAACUGAACUGGUUGCUGGGCUGAACUUCUACUUAAUACAGAUUUACAUGGGAUCUUAUUUUCUGUCGUUUUACUGAGUCAGUUUUGUCCUUUUUUCUCUGUCCUGGUUUUGCUCGUCUGUAAAUAAUUGAAACUCAGUCAAAUAGUUCAUUGUUCUCCAGCAAAACGUUUUGGAAACUCAUGUUUAACCUUUAAAACUCUGACAUGUUUUAGCACACAAGGCUUCAUCGGGGAGUUCACUCAUGAUUGGACCAUGAGAAUAAAGGUUUUUAGUUCUUUCAAAGAGA